AUGCUUGGAGCCUUACGAGCCGUUGGAACCUCUGAUGCUUCAACCAUGGAUGUUAGAAUUGGACGACCGAAUCAGAAUCGGUCCACCAGCCACAAUGAUCAUUACAUUGACCGGUCAAACCAAAACCGUUCCCAAAUCUCCAACCGUGAUGACCGCCGUGCCAGAUCUUCCAAAAAUCGGCCUCAUUGCACUUACUGUGAUGACGAUGGUCAUCACAUCGAUACUUGUUGGAAGCUUCGUGAGUAUCCAGAAGGUCAUCCAUGCCACAAACCGAAGAAAAAUCGUGGUGGUCCAUCUUCAAAUUAUGUUUCUGAAGGCCCAACCAAGGAUGAUAUGAAGUAUGUUAUGUCCGGCCUUUCGGAUCUUCAAUUUCAACAAAUGUUGGCUAUCAUGAAUGAAAAAGGAGUGACUGACAAGAAAUCUCAAGUUAACGUUGCCGCCACCAAUAAAGGUUUGUCCAAAUUAAAAUUUCAGCGAUGA